GUGUAAUUCAUAUACGCGUGUUUUUUAUAAUUUUACUGCAAUUAGUAACUUACAAAACUAAUAGUUAAGUUUCAUGACCUUACUAUUAUCAUUACAUCCACUUAUUCCAAGUUAUAUUUUGAUAACUAGGUAACUAUUGUGUUAAUAGUGUUAUACCAACACAACACAUAGUGCCAAAGGAAAAAAACUUUGAAAAAAAAGUGCGUUAGUUGGACAAAUUUGAGUUUGAAAAUGUUGGAUCGUUCGAAAAGUAUUACGGCUAUACUGGUGUAUUUAUCGGUGCUAGUGUUUUAUGUAUUCAGUUUGUAUUGUUCGGACUCAGUAGGAAAAAAUAUUAAAUCGAACAAGGUUAAAAUACCUUCACAGUUAAGGGGGGUCGUAGAAUACGGGAAGUGUUUCUUUACAUUAUGGAAUUUUAUGCUCCAAAUCUUCUUCAUUUCGCUAGCCGUCCUAGAUGAACUCUCAAAACUUCUGAGCUUACCAUCAAAAGUCCAGAAUCUCCUCAGCAAAGUCAGGGCCUACAUAUUCAACAGCCUCGUGUUUCCAUGCAGCACAUUAGUAGUUUUUACGUUUUGGUCUAUCUGGGCUGUGGAUAGAGAACUGAUAUUCCCGAAAGUUAUGGACACAUUCUUUCCAUCGUGGUUGAAUCAUGUGUUACAUACUUUCAUAGCUAUUCCUUUAGUUAUAGAGAUAUUGCUGCCAAAGAAAGAUAAUUUUGUGCAAUUCAAGAAUGCAGCUCCUAUUUUAUUAUUUUAUGCUGGAUUAUACCAGACAUUGUAUUUUUCCAUAUACCUCAGGGAUGGAGUAUGGCUAUAUCCAAUAUAUAAAGUUCUUAGCAUACCCCAAAUGGUGUUAUUUAAUAUAGUACAAAUGUUAUUGAUAUUAGGAUUCCAGUAUGUAGGUAUAAGUCUCCAAAAUAGUAAAAUGAAGAAAACGGAAGUAGGUAAAAAGAAAGUCAAGUGAUUCAUUUUAUAUUAUUUAUUGGCAAUAAACGCACUAGCAAUAAUAAAUUGUUCAGUUUUAAAAA